UUACAGCCCCGUAACUGAAAAUCACGUGAUUUCAGUAAAUGAAACCAGCAACCGUGUGUGUCCGUUGCCGCUCACCUGUGGAGAUAAACGUGGCAAAGAUGGGCAACAGCGAGACAAAGAAAAGAACGACCGCAGACUACACACGACCCCAGAGCAACCAAGCGAGAGUUAAAAGGAGCUUAACUUUAAAUCCUCAGAAGAGAAAACAGUCCGUCCGACUGAAAAACCGCCCCGCUAGUAUAGAUGGAAGCACCGGGCUUUGGGAUAAUUUUGAUCCCUCAAGGCGCAGAUACUUGGAAACUGACCUGGACCUUUACCAUGAACUGCAGAACCAUCUGGAAAAUGCACGGCGGAGGAUGAGAGAUAAGGGCAAAAAAGACGUUUCUGGAGGUCUGGACGUCAGUUUGGUGAGUGGAGAGGAGAAAUGUUACGACCCAAACGACACCACCCUUACAUUUGUUGAAGGAGACGAUGAUAUGGACUUUGAGGGCAGAGAUUAUAAAUCUCUGAGAGCCCGGAUGUCCUGCGGUCAUUCUGUCACCCCCAUGUCUCUCACCAGCUGGUGUCACCAGUUGCUGGACCAGGGUGAGAGCCGAUUUGUGUGCGGCCAGCCUGACUGCAAUGCUGAGUGGUCACAUGAAGAGGUCUGUAAAAUGGCUCUUCUGACUCCUGAAGAAAUCAAAUACUUUGAAAAAAAGAUGCUCAGCAGCACUGUCAUGAAUUACCUGGAGGUCAGUGAUGUAUCAGCAAGCCGUGGGAAAUCGUGAACACAACAUCGGCGCCAGGGAUGUGAGGAAUGUGGGAUCCUGGCUGUGCCUCAGCCUAAGCCCAUUCAAAAAGGGGCUUACUGGUGGUGCAUGAUGGCACUAAGAGUAAAAACAUUUCCUGUCCUCGCUGCAGGGUGGAGCUCUGUUUUGCGUGCCUGAGGCUCACUGCAGACCGUGCUUCACCUUCUAAUGCUUGUUCA